UUCAUUAUACUAUAAACGAUAUUGACUUACAAUUGAUAGACACACAAAAUGUAUAUCCUUGAGAGACAAACUUGAUUUUGGUUAAACGAAAGAUACAGUUACUUAUAUAACAGAAAUUAAUCUAUCGGAUAUACUACACCUGAAUUGUAAUGGCCAAGGAAGAGCUUAAGAUUCUCGAAAAUAUGAUUGGCGAAGGUAAAUCUGGUCUAGAGUUACACGAAGACUACCCUGCAAUCAUAGUUGUGAUGAGUAUGCUCGCCUUGUUUAGUAUUGCUGGUUCCAUUGGAAAUGCUUUAGUGAUUUAUGUGUACGCAAGGAAGAGAGAAAAGACAACGACGACCAUUUUUAUCUUGACUUUGGCGGGAACAGAUUUUUUCACAUGCCUUAUUAUCAUUCCAUACACUAUCGUAGUAGAGUACGUUUCAAAACGAAUCCAGUACGACACAGCCUGUAAGAUAUACCAGUUCUUAAUAACGUCAAAUGUGCCAUUUUCAGCCUUCAUCAUGGUAGUUAUUGCAUUUGAUCGUUACCUUAAAAUUUGCCGACCUUGGAACCACACUCUUGAUGUAAAAAUGGCUAAGAAGACUAUAGUUUUUCUUUUACUAUUUGCAGCAGUUUUAGGAAUAAUAACAUCUUUAGUUCACGGAGUUCCUAAUGAAGGCAAUAAGAAAGAAAAUGAAACUCGAACAAAAUCUAAUUCAUCGUUCUUAUCAUCUAAUGUAAAUGUUAAUUCGUUGAAAGACGAGUGGAUAUGGACAACAUUUCCUUCUGAUACCGACAAUUAUACUUUGUCAUCGAUCAUGGACAACAAAACUUUCAACAAAGAAACAAAUGAAAUUGUAGAUCCUUCUAAGAUGAAAGGUGUAUGUAUCCCGAACGAAAUAUACAUAAGUAGGAGGGUUCGAAGUGUUUUUCAGAAAUUCUGUGCCUCUUUAUUUUUGGUGUCGGUCAUUUUAGUUUUUAUUCUUUAUAGUCUUGUGUUUCGGUCUUUAGCUGUUCGUCGUUCAAAAAAAUCCAAGAAAAGACUUUUAAAUGGCGGUCAAAAUACAUCGCAUCAAACUGUUACAACACACACUUGCGCAGUUACAACUAAACUUACAAUGGCAGAAAACGGGGACGUUGAAACGGUUCAAAUGCAACAGAUUCCAGAACAGAAAUCCCGCCAAAAACGAUCCAAAUCUUUGAAAGAAAAACACAGAGUUGCCAACAUAAAAACAGCGGUAAUUUUAUUCAUAGUAACUGUAGUAUUUAUAAUAGCAUUUUUACCUGCUUGGUUAAUGGCGAUGCGUGCCGUUGGUGGAAAUAUCAUUUUGUUUUAUAUGCACUUCAGCUAUAACGUUGCAAAUCCUAUCAUCUACGCCUUCUUCAAUCAAAAUUUUAGAAUGGAGAUGAAGAAUGUGUUGAACUGCAGCUAAUUAAUAUCGUUUGUCAAUUCUGACAAUAACGUUAUCUUGUUUUUUGUUACUUCUUUAAGUAAUAUGUCAUGUCGCUUGUCUGGGAAAGAUUAAGAACUUCCGAAAAAAAAGAUGUGAUACAUGACAGUAGGAAAAUAAUAUAUCAUUGAUAUAUCAUUGGAAUCAUUCUGCAUGUAAUAAAAGUAAGCAGAAACAAAUGUAUUUGUUUUUGAAAAAAAAAUCCUAAAGAUUAUAGCCUUGCUGACGGAAGGAUAAAAAUGACAACUUUUUCUCUGCUUGUAUUGACUGUCAUUUGAAGACAUUUACGUCAAAAGCAUUUUGUUAGGACGAGAAAGCUUUUUAUCUAAUAUGAUCGAUCUGAAAUUCCUUAGCUUGAAGUGAUCAGAAGUUGACAAUGUAAUGGAAAGAGACAAUGUAAUGGGAAGAGAAGGAUAAAAUGUAGCUUGUGUGUAAUCCUACAGUCUGAAAGGGUUUAUCUCUAUUCCUGUUAUGUCAAUGUUAACAUAAA